AUGGCGAAUUUGUCACAAUCAAUCUCAAUGAGUGGGGUGUCCUUUGCAACUCCUUCUGCCUCUGCAACAAAGGAUCGCAGGAUGGCGUCUGUCGAACACCUUGUCCUCGAACUCAGCAACCCUGAUCUCCGAGAAAACGCGCUUCACGAACUCUCCAAGAAGAGAGAGUUAUUUCAGGAUCUUGCUCCAUUACUGUGGAAUUCGUUUGGCACUAUGGCAGCUCUUUUGCAGGAAAUAGUUUCAAUAUACCCUGUUAUUUCACCACCGAACCUUUCUCCAGCACAAUCAAAUCGAGUCUGUAAUGCUCUUGCUCUUCUUCAGUGUGUGGCAUCUCACCUUGAUACAAGGAUGCAAUUCCUCAAUGGUAAUGAUGUUUUUUUUAUUCAUCCCAAGGACUGGGAACUUCUGUCUGCUAUUCUGCUUAAGCAUUUUUGCAUUAUUUGUUUUGAUAGCGAUGGAACAUCUCAUAUACCUCUAUAUCUGUAUCCCUUCCUUAAUACAACAAGUAAGUCCAGGCCAUUUGAGUAUUUGAGGCUUACCAGUCUAGGAGUCAUUGGUGCCUUGGUGAAGGUUGAUGAUACAGAAGUUAUAAGUUUCCUUCUUUCGACAGAGAUUAUUCCGUUGUGCUUGCGGAGUAUGGAAAUGGGCAGUGAACUGUCAAAAACGGUUAAGUUUACUGAUCUUGUUGCAACCUUUAUAGUUCAAAAAAUUCUGUUGGACGAAAUUGGUUUGAAAUAUAUUUGUACUACGGCGGAGCGCUUUUAUGCAGUAGGUCGAGUUUUGGGAAACAUGGUGGCCACUCUUGUUGAGCAGCCGUCAUGCCGUCUUUUGAAGCAUAUUAUUCGUUGUUAUCUUCGUCUGUCAGAUAACCAGAGUGCUUGCGAGGCUUUAAGAUCCUGUCUUCCGGACAUGUUAAGAGACGCUACAUUCAAUAGUUGCCUUCGUGAAGACCCAACAGCUAGGAGGUGGCUACAACAGUUGCUUCACAAUAUCGGAGUCAAUCGGGUACCUGCACUUCAAGGUGGAGGAGGAUUCGAUCAUAUGAUGGUAUCGUAA